AUCUCCCUGAAAACUUCCGGGAACAUUAGAUUGUUGUAACGGCCUUUCUAGCGGUGAGAUGCUUUUUGUUGGGGCAAUUGUUGCCCAACCCAUUGACGUCAAAUGAGAGAUGAAACCCAGAUUUUCAACUCAAAAGACUAUUUAUUGAUAAACGGCAGGUCAGUCAAACCAAUGAACAAAUGAACAACAUGUCGUUGGUAAAUUUACAUAACCAACGACAUCCCAUUACCCUGCGAUUCGGCCCAUAACAACACAUUCUUCUGGACGCUACCGGUUUCCCUUGAUCUCCAAACAUGGAACCUGAAUCGCAUCAACAUGAUCACUCCCCCGAAAGCCCGCCCUCCUCUACCCCUACCACAAAAAUCACAUCCUGCUGCGCCAAAUGUGGCUGUCCAACCACUUUCGCACCACCACCACAACCGCCAUACUCUGAAAUAUCCCCACCUCCCACAUACCGUCCCAUCCGGGCGCCAGCCAUUAACCUCCCUCCAAACAACUACUCUCAAGCCAUAAUUCUUGCUCCCGUUCCCCAAUCCCAAAAAGUUCCCACAAUUUCCCCUCCUUAUAAUUUUCAAACUCCUUCGAAACGAAUCCAAUCCCCCGAUGACAUCCGCCACUUCAUUGACUCUGAUUCCGGAAAGAAUUUCCUCGGCUUCGUCGUCGCUCUCUCCGAGUCCAUUCGCGGACACAAAAUCUCCGAUCAAUGUCACGAGUCUCAAACAAUCCGCACCUUUUCAUCAAUUAUUGACGAGUUGAUUCAAUGGAUUGACGUAAUUCCUCCGGCUGAUCAGUCUUCUCGUUAUGGUAACGUCUCUUACCGAACCUGGCAUAGCCGUUUAACGGAAAACGGCAAUACGAUGAUGCUGCGUUUUUUGCCCGACGAACUUCAAGCUGCCUCUGUGGAAAUAGUUCCGUAUUUUAAUGACAGUUUCGGUAAUCCGAGUCGUAUAGAUUACGGAACUGGUCAUGAAACUAAUUUCGCUGCUUGGUUAUAUUGCUUAGCUAGAUUAGGAGUUAUUAAGGAAGAAGAUUAUCAAGCUGUUGUGUCCAGGGUUUUUGUUAAGUACUUAGAGUUAAUGAGAAAAUUGCAAUUGGUGUAUUGUUUGGAGCCUGCGGGAUCGCAUGGUGUUUGGGGGUUGGAUGAUUAUCAUUUCUUGCCAUUUAUAUUUGGUUCCUCGCAGUUGAUUGAUCAUAAGUACAUGAAGCCGAAGUCAAUUCAUAAUCAAGAUAUUUUGGAAAAUUUUUCCAAUGAGUAUAUGUAUCUUUCUUGUAUUGCUUUUGUGAAGAAGGUGAAGAAGGGUAUAUUUGCUGAGCACUCACCUAUGUUGGAUGAUAUCAGUGGUGUGCCUAAUUGGAAUAAGGUUAAUAGUGGGAUGCUGAAAAUGUAUAAGGCUGAGGUGCUCGAGAAAGUUCCCAUUAUGCAGCAUUUUCUGUUCGGAUGGCUCAUUAGGUGGGAGUAGUUUGAUGUGCAGUUGCCAAUGUAGAAACUUAUUCGGAGUAUGAUACUUUUGGGAGUAUGAAGUUGUUUAGUUUUCCCUCUUUUUUUGUUUGCCAUGCUACUUGGCUUUAGCAGUGCAACGGUAUGCUGCCAUAAAUUUUUGUUGAUCAUAUUUUGAAUUUGAUGGAAGACCAGCAGCCUUAUAUUGUACGAAUAAUAUAAUGAAAACUUUUGUCUACAAAUAUCAAAUAUGCGGUGUGUUAGAGCAA